AUCAGACCAAUAAAGAUGACGACACCACUCCACGCUAUGCGCUUCCGGUGACGUCACAGCAGCCUGCAGCUUGUCGCGUGACAGAGUUGUGAUGAGAGUUUGAGCUGCAGAGAAGAAGAGCAGAACUUCAGUCUGCUGCUGAGACCGGGGAGCGGAGGCGCUUUAGGUUAGUUAUUUACAUUUUCCGCUGGGGAUUUUCUUUUCUUUUCUUCAGUGACGGCGAUCAUUAAAACAAAAGCGGAGACACAAAGUUUAACAAACAAGGAGGAGAGAGAGAGAGAGAGAUGAUGGGACAGAAACACACACCCUCCUGAUGCACUGCAGGUUUGUCCUGGUCAUGUGGACAUCGAGGACAUUCUUCCAUGGAAGGCAUUGAGUCGGCCAUUUUAGCAAUGACAAACAGGAAGUCAGUGGAGGUGGGCAGAACUUCCUCCCCUUGCAGAAGCCACGCCUCCCCCAGGGUGGGUCCAGAGGAGGAGGGCUUUGAGAAGGUGCUGUCAGAGCUAAGUGCAGCUGCAAAUUUGAAUAUGGAGGUGAAACUGGGUGUGGAGGCAGGGUUUGAAGAGAGACCAGGCUGGGGGUGGGGCUGUGAGGAAGAAGAUGCAGCAGAGGAAGUGGAACCUGAGGACAGCAGGGGCAGCACAACUGAGUUCCAGAAUACUGCUCCAUCUACAGAUGUGUCUCACACACCGUUGUCAGAGCAGCUCCUGUUGGGUUGUGAUGAAGUGAAGGUUGUUAAUGUGGAGUGUCGGAUUUGUGGAGAUCAAGCCUCAGGAUUUCAUUAUGGAGUGCACGCCUGCGAAGGGUGUAAGGGUUUUUUCCGCCGUACGGUGAGGAUGAAACUCGAGUAUGAGAAAUGUGAACGCAGCUGUAAGAUCCACAAGAAAAACCGCAACAAGUGUCAGUACUGCCGUUUCCAGAAGUGUGUGAUGUUCGGUAUGAGCCACGACGCGAUUCGGUAUGGCCGCAUGCCUGAGGUGGAGAAGAGGAAGUUGGUGGAGAGGAUGUUAUCAGACACUCGGGCAGUGAGCAGCUCCAGCCUGAAGUCUCUGGCUAAAAAAGUGAACACUGCGUAUCUGAAACACCUGAACAUGACCAAGAGGAAAGCACGCAGCAUCCUGACAGGAAGAACCACCUCCAACCCUUUUGUGAUCUAUGACCUGGGUUCUCUGUGGCGUGCAGAGAGUGGGGUGGUGUGGGACAGCGGGGUUCUGAGUGGACGAGUGCAGAAAGAGAUCGGAGUACACGUCUUCUACCGCUGUCAGUGCAGCACCGUGGAGACCGUACGGCAAAUCACCGAGUUCUCCAAGUGCAUCCCGGGAUUCAUUGACCUGUACCUUAAUGACCAGGUGACACUGUUGAAGUACGGUGUGCACGAAGCCAUCUUCGCCAUGCUCCCAUCUCUAAUGAAUAAGGAUGGGUUGUUGGUGGCAAAUGGGCGGGGCUUUGUCACCCGUGAGUUCCUGCGCAGUCUCAGGAAGCCUUUCAGCGAAAUCAUGGAGCCGAAGUUUGAAUUUGCUCUCAAGUUUAACGCGCUGGAGCUGGACGAUAGUGACCUUGCGCUGUUCGUUGCUGCCAUCAUCCUGUGUGGAGAUCGUCCCGGACUGAUGAACGUGAAGCAGGUGGAGGAGAUUCAGGAUAAGAUUCUGCAGGCGUUAGAUCAGCACCUGCAGCACACACACCCCGACGCUGCCUACAUUUUCCCCAAACUGCUGCAGAAACUCGCAGACCUGCGACAGCUCGUCACUGAGAACGCGCAGCUCGUCCAGAUGAUCAAAAAAACAGAGUCCGAGACCUCACUGCAUCCUCUACUGCAGGAAAUCUACAGAGACAUGUACUGAACACAUACAUAGAGCUGAACCAGACUGCGAUGAAAGAAUCACAGAUGAAUUGAUUCUUUCAGAAAAACUCAUUUAAAUGAAUGAAGGAGUUUUGUGGAUGUGGAAACAGGAUUAAAUCCAUUGAGUUUUUAUUUAUUUUUAUUUGUUUUCUGUGUUCAUUAAUGUUUAUUAACUAUUUAAUAAUGUUCAAUAUUCACAGGAUUUAAAAAGUUCUAAGUGAUGAAUCAAAUUAAUUAAAUUGUAAUUAACUUAAGUGAGUUUAUUGUAAAAAUAAUUUAAUCAGUAAAGUCAGUCAUAAUACCCAUAACUGAAUCUCUCUCUCUCACACACACACACACACACACACACACAGUUUGCUGAAGGUAAUAUCUGCCUUUUUGUGUCAUUUAAUUCUGAAUAUUUUUAUAUAAAACAUUUUGUAAUAUUUUUCUGGAAGGUGAGUCUCUCUCUGAGCUUUAUUGCUAAUUAUGCAAAUGUGAAGGUGUUAGCUCAGUUUAGUGUCGCGUGUCUUAGAUUAGCAGAGCCGAGAGUUGACGCGGAUGCUUGGCCAUGUAGAUUAGCGAUUAUCGGACUAGUCGCUGUAUUAAACACACUGCUGCUCAUCGCGAAGAUAAAAAUCUGAACGAGUGUGUGUGUGUGUGUGUGUCCUUCUCAGAGAAAGCUAUCCCAUAAUUCAGUUCAUCAGAUGAAUGUAUACAUGGAACUGUUUUCUUCAGGGUGACAUCUGAAUGGAGUUAUUUCACAACCUGCUAACCUCAAAAUGUUUAUAUGAAUGUGUGUGUGUCUAAGAGAGAGAAAGAGAUAAAGCUGUGAAGUUGAAGUUAUAUUCGAUCAUGUGGCUAGUUAGCAUAGCUUGUGUAGGUGCAUUUGGGUAAUUGAGUGAUCAAUCUCAUUAAAUCUGAAGGUUAAUAAUUAAAAUUGAA